GGAGGGCAGAGUCAGGGAAGGUAAGUGGCAGAAUCACUACACCUGAGAGCAAUAAACCUGUGUUUGUGUGUCUUCCCAGUGACCGCGCCCUAUAUCAGGAGGGAGAGCGAGAGCGAAAGGAGCUCCCCCAACCCGAAGACUGAAAAAUAGUCCAGUGACUGAAAACCGGCUUCAUUCUGAGCCAAUAGAGGAUCUGCAUAAGACAAAUCCCACACUGAACAGCGAAAAGGUAAAGUAAGAUUAAAUGCCAUGGCGAUCCAACAGCAGAUUACCACAAUAACCACAAGCAUAACCUCCAGUUCAGGCACCUGGAGCACAGGCCUCUUUGACUGCUCAUCUGAUAUGAAAACCUGUUGUUGUGGCCUGUGGUGUUUGCCAUGUUUGCAGUGUCAGACUGUUUCUGAUUUUGGUUGGUGUUUCUGCAUGCCGCUGCUUGACUGCUGUCUGACUGUCUCCUGCUGCCUUCGCAGCAAAAUGAGGGAGCGCUAUAAUAUUGAAGGCUCCAGCAUUGAAGACGGCCUCACUGUGCUUUGCUGUUACCCCUGUGCCUGGUGUCAGAUGUCACGCGAAUUAAAGACCCGUGGCUAAACAGAUUGUGGAAAUUGCUCUUUUGCUUUAGAAGUUUCAACAUUUAAAAUCUUCUAAACUUGUGACUAAAAUCAGC